AUGCAAUCUGAAUUUGAUGCUCUUAUUCAAAAUAAGACGUGGGAUUUAGUUCCUCGUCCUUGUGAUGCUAAUCUUAUUCGAUGUAUGUGGUUUUUUAGGCAUAAGAAAAAUUCGGAUGGCUCCUUUGAGCGUUAUAAGGCUCGUCUUGUAGGUGACGGCAAGUCAAAGGUUGCAGGUGUGGAUUGUGAUGAGACUUUUAGCCCCAUGGUGAAACCCGAUACCAUUCGAACAGUGCUUACCAUUGCUCUCUCCAAAUCCUGGAACAUUCAUCAACUGGAUAUCCAUAAUUCCUUUUUACAUGGUGAUCUUCAUGAGACGGUUUACAUGCAUCAGCCAUUGGCAUCUGAGUUUGCAAUGAAGGAUUUGGGCCCUCUGAGUUACUUUCUGGGUAUUGCAGUAUCUCGUCAUCCUGAUGGCAUAUUUCUCAGUCAAAGCACUUAUGCUUCAGAGAUCAUUGAACGUGCUGGCAUGGAAUCCUGUAAACCAUCAGUCACUCCUGUUGACACCAAGCAGAAACUCAUCACCUCCUCUGGCACUUCUUAUGAGGAUCCCUCCUUGUAUCGGAGUCUUGUAGGGGCCAUACAGUAUCUCACCUUCACUCAACCUGAUAUAUCAUAUGAUGUUCAACAAGUUUGUCUUCACAUGCAUGCCCCUCGCAUGGAACACAUGCAUGCUCUUAAGCGCAUUUUCCGUUAUGCUCAGGGCACCUUACAUUUUGGACUACACUUAUCCUCGUCUCCCAUUACAAAGCUUAUCUUCUACACAAACGUUGAUUGGGGUGGACGUCCUGACACCAGACGUUCUGCAUCUGGUUACUGUGUUUUUCUAGGUGACAACCUUAUUUCUUGGUCUUCCGUUCCAGUGUUGAAGCCGAAUAUAGGGGGUUGCCAAUGUUGUCUCUGA